UGGGCGGGCGUGACUUCAGCUGACAUUUGAAACCUGUUUGGCAUCCGCUGACGAGGACAUCAGCUGACAACUUCGACGCAAUGCUAGCCGUUUUCCUCCUCUUAUUUGGCUGCGUGUGGGGGUCUCACCUCAGGGAGGCCUCAGCAGUUAUCCUGGGCGUCGAGAAUGAGCAUUUUUGUUUCGGUGGUCUCCAGGUGCUAUACCCAGAGCUGACCGUUGAUAGAUGCAUGGUUGUUCCAGACGAUGACAAGAAACUUAGAGAGAAGCUCACCAUUACGUGGCAAGCUCCAAUUAUUCGGUACCCUGCAGCGGUAGAGGGUGAGAAGUACCUUCUGAUGAUGGUUGAUCCUGACGCUCCAAGUCACGCUUCACCAACUAUGGCUCACUGGAGGCACUGGUUGGUCACAGAUGUUGAGGGAAGUUCACUGAAGAAUGGAGACUUAAGAGGGCGCACAAUCACUGAGUACGCUCCUCCAACUCCACCACAGCAUAGCGGUUUGCACCGCUACCAGUUCCUGUUGUUCAAGCAAUCGCAGGACGUGCCGCCCCUCGGGUCGCAGACGUCAAGAGGUCAAUGGGAUGUGGCGUCCUUCGUCCAUGAUCACGCUCUGGGAUCUCCUGUGUCCAGCGUGCAGUUUCUCACGCAAAACUACCAAGACUAAAGAUCUCCUGAAAGUUGGAAUUAAUUACAGAUGCACAAUUGUUUUGCCGCUUAUCACAUCUGUUUAUCUGAAUGUAUUGUUUCCUCUUUGUGUUUUCCCUCUUGCAUGCAUUUCGAUGAUCGCAUGACGCUGUUGCGUGAGAUUAUGGGAGAAUAGGGGGGGAUUUCUUAUUAGUUUCCGAACUCUUUCGACGAGAAAAGGAAAAGGGCCUCUGAUAUCGCAAGCCGGUGUGGAAAGAGUCGCUUCUAAAUCAGGGGCGGAAACACGUCAUGGCCCAAAAUAGGAAGUAGGAGGUGAAACUGAGACCGCAGCACAACCGGAUGCUGCAGUGGAACUAAAAGUGACAUGAUGGCAAGGUGGGUGGGUGGGUGGCUUCGUGGUUUACAAUUUAUUUGGUGAAGGGAACUUACCGUGUGUUGUGUUUUUGUUUGCAUUUUUCCACUGACCCGUCAGCUCGAUUGGAAACAACUUCCAGAGAAAAUCUCGUCCGUCCAAACACGUCCUUGACUCCAUGAACCCGUUUUGAACUUUGGAGACUUGCAUAAGAGACCCACCUGGCAGGUCAACUUUUCAACCCUUCCACUCGCGGAUGCUUUUCCGACUUCUUUGUAGCGGGCGGGUAUUGGUUUCUAACCAGCACCUCUCCUCUGGGAUGGGCUUGUAUCAAUAGCCCAGAUUUCUGAAUCUCCAUCAAGGACUUUGAUGUUGUGGUGAUCAAUCCUUUGAUUAACCCCAGUUUGGUGUCUCCUCAGUGGUCCAGGCAGGAGUAGGUAAUGUUCCUUUGGUGGAUAAGACGGCCUUGGUAAAGCCCCAGCGUGCCCUUCUGAUGAACCCUCCGAGAUCAUUGAUCAAUUUUGUUUGCUUCCUGGUCCAAACAAAACAACUCUUUAGUAUCCAUCACGUGGAACGUCGCUCUCCACCUUGAUGUUACCUAUCAAAUAUUUUCACAGUUGGCAUGCAGGCUAUAAAUCCACACACUCAUUGUGUAACGUGCCAAGUGGAAGAGAAUCAUCACGCCCCCCCCCCCCCUAAAAAAAAAAAGGAAAAAAACACACCUACUUGGAAUGCAUCAGCAAUCCAGCCCUUUGCCAAGAUUUUGACUUGAAAAAUCAAAACAGCGCUUUUGCUUCCAUUCAUAUCUCGACGCCCGGGCUGCCAGAAACAACUGGAUUUGUCACUGUUUUGAUUUUGCUCCGAAUGUCAAGAGCAUUGACAGCUGUCAUUCGCCGACCCCGGAGAAUAUCGCAAAUGUAUUCAAUACCUUCUUAAUGUAUUCAAACGUUGAUUAAUUCAAAUGAAUUAGUUUAAUCAAUUCCGUUGCCUAACCGAGACAAAAAGGGAUCUAAUAAGCGCAACCGCUUUUCUCCCUCACCGUUGAAGAACUGGCUUGAUUUCACUGGAGGAUUGGAAACAUAAAUGCGACGUAAACACGCUUUAUUGUGACGCCGUGUCUCGCUGAGCAAUGACCUGUAUUGACUGCAGCGUGGGAUCGCGACGUUGGCUUCGAGGGAAACGCAUCUUUGCUUUAAUCAACAUUAAACACUGCAUAAUGCAAUGCCGGCUUGGACUUGUUCUGUUCUGUCAUCCAAACUCACCUUGAGGCAUGAAAAAAGUCCAAAUAACAUCGCAUUAUUGAUCUUCCACUUUGAGCCUUCCUUCCGAAGCCAGGAAAAAGAAAAAGUGAUUUGACUAUACGGGCCUGGGUUUUCCAUGAGCUGGAUUGGGUGGCUGUGCACCCGUGUGACGCUGUGUUGGAAAGAGGCUUUAGCGCAGGUACAAGGUCAGGUGUUUCCAAGCAAGCGAUCACUCGGGCUCUCCCAUCUGCCUGCGCUGGAUGAUUAUCAUGGACUAAGAGCUUUGUCUUUCGCUCUCAUUGGUUUGCAUUGAUAAACGCCACGCUGCUCUUCUAUCAGGUUUCCUCAAAUAGUGGCUCCCACUCGAAACGUGGUCCACUUGAACAAAUAAACACCUCUCCCCAAAUAGAUGCUUCCUCUUAGGGAAGAAAAAAAAAAAAGUGCAAAACGUAGCUGAGUCUAUGUGAACAUUGCGGCUAAGAAAAACAGCAGCACCAAACAGACUCAGAUUAAUAGAGUUCUCGAUACAGAGAUGAUUUUAUUUAAAUGAUGUAAAGACAGCAUAUUUUCAGUCAUGUUUCAUCUGCGCUAUAUUUAAUUCAAUAAGAUCAAUAGACGUCAAUCACCCCGUAACUGAAUCACGGUUUAUUUUGCUGAUUCAAGUGUCCAGCCUGGGCCAGGGAAGAUGCUGCUCGUCCACUCACUGGUGCAACUGUUUCCACGGGGCUGGCCGGGCGACGCGCGGGGAGCCUGGGAAGCCGAGCUCUCUGUCCUUAUAUGGGCAUCUACGUCACGCCAAGGUUCCAGCCCACUAUUAAUGCCGCCCAACCUUCCGCCCGCCCGUCACACUGAAGUCUCCCCAUCCACUGGAACCACAAGCAGCCCGCAAAAGGCAUCCACGCCGGUCCCGAGUCAUAACAAAAUAGUACACGCACGGAAGCGUCGACGCAUCGGGCGGGGAGGAGAUCAACUAAGCAUCAACAAGAUAAACUUCGGAACGCACCAGGAGCCGCCGCUGCCGCCGGAGUCGGAGCCCGACUCCUCGCACCUGACUCCCGGAGGGGGAUAUACAUACGACGGCCCCCUCCCAGCCUCCCUCCCUGUCUCCGUCCGUCCACAUCCAUGUCGGAGUGACUCGCAGUGCUAUGACCGGGAAAGUGGCGGACAAGCUUCCUCUUACCAUGAGCAGUCUAAUAAACAGCAUCCCCGACAGCCUGUACCCAGAAGAGGACGUCCCCACCUCCAUGAACAUUUUCACCAGCACGGAAUCUAUUAACCACUACUCGCAGAUGAACGCGGCGGAUAAUAUCAUGGAUAUAGGCAUGGGAGGCGAGAAAGCCGCUGGAGAGAUUCAGUACGGGUCCAGCUUCCAGUCCAACCGCAGCGGGCAGACCGUCACCUACCUGGGCAAGUUCGCCUUCGACACGCCUCCCUCGGGCGGCAUCGGCGGCUCGGGCUGGUGCUCCGACAACAACAUCAUCAGUCUGGUCAGCGCGGGGAUCCUCGGCGUUUCUCCGUCGUCGGGCACGGUAAGCGCCCAGACGCCGUCCUCGGCGGCCGGCAUGGGAGGACAGAACUCGGACAUGGAGCAGGUUUACGGGCCGCCGCUGCCCGCCUACUCCACCUGCGGCGACCUAUACCAGGACCAGGUGUCCUUCCACCACAGUCCCGCCGGCGGCACGGCCCUGGCGUACCCCGCCAAUGACUAUCACUCCACGUCCAAAGGCUCCAUGGACGGCAGCCUCUUCUCCAUGAUCCCCGACUACAACCUCUUCCAUCACCAGGGGGAGGUCAGCGUGAUGGAGCACAAGCCCUUCCAGACUAUGGACCCCAUCCGGGUCAACCCUCCGCCCAUCACCCCUCUGGAAACCAUCCGAGCGUUCAAAGACAAGCAGCAAAUCCACCCGGGUUUCAUCGGCGGCCAGCAGCACGCUCCUUCCCACCACCCUCCCCCGCAAACUCUGACGCUCAAACCCAUCCGGCCGCGCAAAUACCCCAACCGGCCCAGCAAAACGCCGGUCCACGAACGUCCGCACGCCUGCCCGGCGGAGAACUGCGACCGGCGCUUCUCGCGUUCCGACGAGCUGACGCGCCACCUGCGCAUCCACACGGGCCACAAGCCCUUCCAGUGUCGGAUAUGCAUGCGCUCGUUCAGCCGCAGCGACCACCUGACCACGCACAUCCGCACGCACACCGGCGAGAAACCCUUCUCCUGCGAGUUCUGCGGACGCAAGUUCGCCCGCAGCGACGAGAGAAAGCGACACGCUAAGGUUCACCUGAAACAGAAGGACAAGAAAGCGGCCGACAAGGGCAACGGAGUGCUCGGGAGCCACAGUUCCCCGCCCGGCUCCUGCGGAGGCCCCACCAUGGGGCCCUCGUGACCAUCGCUCCCUGCUCACGGACCGGUCUGACCCUUACAUCGACUCGGGGCAACAGGGCCGCCGGGCCCAGGAUAAGAAACGCUACGGGUGACUCUCGCUCGCAUCCUCUCUUGUUUUGAGAUGGAAGUCCGGGGGGGAAGGGGGGAGGGGAGGGGAGGAGGCCGCGCCGCCAACCUGAGAGAAUCUUCGUACAUUCCGCCCAAAAGGCCAUGGAGCAUCCACGCCCUCUGCCCCCGGUUCCCCUUUUGUACAUUUCUUAACCGAGAACAAGCCAGAAUCGAUCGCAGCUAUCGAAAUGGACAAAGUAAAUAUUAAGAGAGGAGCAAAGUGAAAGGGUGAGUUGUCUGAGAUGUAUGCAUUCCUUUUCCUCGGCUGUUAAAAAGUGCAAUUGGUUGUGUUUGUGUGCUGUCAUGGACACCUUAUUAGUGGCACUUGUCUUUUUUUUUUUUUGUUUCAUUUGAUUUUUUGUUACCGUGUGGUGUUUUUUAUUCUAUUUGAAUGUUGUUUUCUCCAAUGAAUGUGCCAAAUGUAUUGUAGUAACUCAGCCAACCUUGUUUUUUUUUUUGUGCCUGAUAUUUACCAAACUUGAGUGAGAUCUGCGUCCGCGUAGGGUUCAAAGAAAGGUCAGACUCCAAAGUCGCUCAAAUUAUUAUUUUUUUAUUUCACACCAUCAAGUUCGGUUGAAACGGAGCAGGUGUCAAACUAGCAUGUUACAUGUCGGAGGAAUGGUUCCUUCUACUUCCCAGUAUUUGCAUAGCAGUCAACAUCCAAAUCAUUUUCAAAUGCUAAGUCUAAGCCAACAAGGAAGUUUCUUGUUUUUUUUGUACCAUAUUUAAAUUUGUAUGCAAGUUACUGCCGUUUGUGUCAUGCGCUCAAACGCACCAUAAAAAAAAAAAAAAAGGUUUUGUACAUAUAUGUGCAUGCUACAAUGCACAAUAUGUUAAUCCAACAUAUCUGCAUUAAUUAAAAGAGAAGCUUUGGACUGAACGCUUGUUGAGGUUAUGUUUCAAAGUUAAUUGAAGAAAAAAAAUUGCUCCAUGCCUGAAGUGGUAAAGCCUUCUUCCAUUUUGGAGAGGCUAAAUGAUUGCAUCAUCUCUCAAACCUCUGCGUAAACCAACAUUUUUCUCAAGUGGUUUUUGUUGUUGUUGUUGUUGACCAUUGUGCUGAAAGGAGGUUGAAAAGACACCAAAUGUCUUCUUCCACCAAACAAUACUCACAUUUGGGCCAAAAAGAUACACUAGUCGUCAAAAGCUGACCCGAUUUCUUUCCGGUUUAUGAAACAGUCAAAUAGACAUUGUCUGCUCAGAAAUGAAAAUGAACGUGUGAAUUUGACGUCAGUCGACAAAAGCCGUGAAAUGUCCACCCAGGUUAUUUCAUGAAUAGAAAUGUGCAUUCCGGGACCAAUAACCACUUUAUGGAUAAUCUAAUUAUAUAUCUUCUCCAGAAGCAUUGAGUCUGGCUGGCAGAUUUUUUUUUUGGGGUGCAGGAAUCAGUUGUGCUUGUUAAAUUCUAUUGGAGCGAGACUUUCCGACAUAUUGCGAUCAAGUAUUGGCGAGCGAGGGUGAAACAGAAAG